AUGGACGUCCACGAAGAUAGAGUCUUCGAAGCCAUAAAGUACUACACAGAGAGCAACGAGGUAUUCCAUGCAAACAUCGAGGGUAUGAUCGCUUUGGGAGAUUCAGCAGGUGUCGCAACGACGCUGUACAGCGACCCAACAGACAUUGAUAUGACCCUUCAACCUUCGAAAUCGAUCUAUCGAUACGCGGUCAAGGCGGCAGAUCGAGGCCGACUGGGCAAGAUUGGGCAAGGCCGAAGUUUUCCGUCUCCAUGCAUCUGCCUUCUUAGGUGUGAAGCACUCAACACCACUCAUUUCUUGCGCUUGAAUUCGUUAUGGUGGCCGCCAGAACGUACAAACCCUGAUCGCAAGGUUCGCUUUCUGGGCCCCAAUGGCCUAGUUGAGGAGUCGUUGCUACCGGAGUUCGUCAAGAAGGGGAAAGCCGUCCAUGAACAUACGCAUCAAUGUGCUGACGAGAUGUGGUGCCGACAAGAAGCUCUAGCCGACACCGCCAAACCUUGUGCGCAGGCGCUCUCCUUCGCCAACAAAAUUGACGACUGCAAUGCAAGUGUUGACGGGUGGUCCGCAGACAACGACUCCUGCUGUGAACAGUCGACUCCUGGACAAAAGGCCUCUAUCUGUACAUAUGGCGCCCCCUUCAACUGUGGUGUUCGACGUCUCGGCAUAGACGAGCUCAUUUCGUCCCAUGAAUCUUUCUCUGCACCCCUGUCAUCCGGUGUCGUCCAUAAGCUCUCAGACAUGAAUGCCGGCGGUUCAUAUGGCGUCGAAAUGUCCGCGUCUGAGGUAUGGACCAUCUCAAGUGAAGCAUUCCAGAGAUUGGGUGAGUUCCAGGUGGACGGUACGCUUCAAGCGAGCAGAGAAUGGGCCAACUGCGUCGCGAGGCUCUACGCUAGCGACGAGGCAACAUGGAACGAGGAGAUUGAAGUGCCGGUUUCCCCUGACAGCGUCGAGAGAGUCCGACUUCUGGGUUCCAAGAAAGAAGCUGCAGAGCGGAUUUAGAUGGCACUCCAUCGAAGGGCAUCCCAAUCACGGCGACCAUCGGGAAGUAAUGGGACAUGGAUAUGAACCGUCCGCGAUUCAGGUACGAUCUAGAAGUCAAAUGAUCACCGCCGUCGCAGUGUUGAAAGCUACAAGGAUUCGGCUUAUAAUGCCGUCGAUUUUAUUCUGCUCUGGGUUGUCCAUUGCCUACAGCAAGGAUUUUCUGCAUCUGGGUCGAUCUUCCUUCGGCCCUUGAGGCCGCGAAGGUGAGAGCAGAUCGACGCGUCAUGUACCAUCUGGCCGAAAGUGAGGAAGUUUGCAAGAUGCGCCGUGCAUGCGCCCUCUGCAUUUGCCGGAAUAUAUAUAUCAUUGAAUUCGAGACUACUGUGGUGGUUGACCGUGGUUCGAGAAAUACCACAUGAGCCUGCUAUGGCACCUGUUGCCACUGAAUGCAGAUGGAUGCAGAUGGAUGCAUGGGGAUCUUC